AGCAGCAGUAGUAGUGGUGGUAGUAGUAGUAGUAGUAGUAGUAGUAGUAGUAGUAGUAGUAGUAGUAGUAGUGGUGGUAGUAGUAGUAGUAGUAGUAGUAGUAGUAGUAGUAGUAGUAGUAGCAGCAGUAGUAGUGGUGGUAGUAGUAGUAGUAGUAGUAGUAGUAGUAGUAGUAGUAGUAGUAGUAGUAGUGGUGGUAGUAGUAGUAGUAGUAGUAGUAGUAGUAGUAGUAGUAGUAGUAGCAGCAGCAGUAGUAGUGGUGGUAGUAGUAGUAGUAGUAGUAGUAGUAGUAGUAGUAGUAGAAGUAGUAGUAGUAGUAGUAGCAGCAGUAGUAGUGGUGGUAGUAGUAGUAGUAGUAGUAGUAGUAGUAGUAGUAGUAGUAGUGGUGGUAGUAGUAGUAGUAGUAGUAGUAGUAGUAGUAGUAGUAGUAGUAGUAGUAGUAGUAGUAGCAGCAGUAGUAGUGGUGGUAGUAGUAGUAGUAGUAGUAGUAGUAGUAGUAGUAGUAGUAGCAGCAGUAGUAGUAGUAGUAGUAGUAGUAGUAGUAGUAGUAGUAGUGGUAGUAGUAGUAGUGGUAGUAGUAGUAGUAGUAGUAGUAGUAGUAGUAGUAGCAGUAGUAGUAGUAGUAGUAGUAGUAGUAGUAGUAGUAGUAGUGGUGGUAGUAGUAGUAGUAGUAGUAGUAGUAGUAGUAGUAGUAGUAGUAGUAGUAGCAGCAGUAGUAGUAGUAGUAGUAGUAGUAGUAGUAGUAGUAGUAGUAGCAGCAGCAGUAGUAGUAGUAGUAGUAGUAGUAGUAGUAGUAGUAGUAGUAGUAGUAGCAGCAGUAGUAGUGGUGGUAGUAGUAGUAGUAGUAGUAGUAGUAGUAGUAGUAGCAGCAGUAGUAGUGGUGGUAGUAGUAGUAGUAGUAGUAGUAGUAGUAGUAGUAGUAGUAGUGGUGGUGGUAGUAGUAGUAGUAGUAGUAGUAGUAGUAGUAGUAGUAGUAGUAGCAGCAGCAGUAGUAGUGGUGGUGGUAGUAGUAGUAGUAGUAGUAGUAGUAGUAGUAGUAGUAGUAGUAGUAGUGGUGGUAGUAGUAGUAGUAGUAGU